AGCUCCGGUCUUUUUGAUACUCUUAUUAUUUUUCUUCCUUUUCUCUCUACUAUUUACUACCCUGAUGACAGUGCUUGACAUUCGUGGCUGCUUAGACGAUUCACCCACUUUUAGAAAACGAGUUCAAGCUCAUGAAGAGUCGAUUCAAAACUUUGAACAAAUAUUGAAGACGUUGAUCAAACUGACUCGUUCCCAAGUUGAGUUAUCAGCAGCUUAUAGUCAACAACAAAAAGAACUAGCCGAAACGUUCCUUUCGUUUGCACAGGCGCAAGAUGAUCCCAUCGUGGCUCAAGCACUAGAAAAGUUUGGAAAGUCAGUUGUCGAAGUUGAGAAAAGUCGAUCCAUGUUUAACACGCAUGUUACAGACAUGUUUAUCAUGCCUUUAGAUCUAUUCGUUAAAGAGACAAUCACGCCUAUCAAAGAGCUGAAAAAGAAGUUUGAAAAGUCAAGUGAUGAUGUGGAUUCUGCUUUAUCGAGGUAUAUGAGUAAAAAACCAAAAGAUCCAACAUUGCAAGAAUCUGCCAAGGAGUUGGCAGAUACCCGAAAAACCUUUCAUAAAGUGUAUAUGGAAUACGUGAGCAAGUUGAAUGAUAUAGAAGCAAAGAAAAAGAUUGAUUAUAUGGAGAAUGUGCUUGCUUACAUGUAUACAGAAUCUGCAUUUCAUCACCAGAGCUAUGAAAUAUUGAAGGAUUUAGAGCCUUAUAUGCGCGAUUUAACUGGUUUAUUGUACGAUACGAGACAAAGAUAUAGUGAAGAAGUUGACGUGGACUUACAAUAUCAGAAAACGCACGAAAUGUCCACAGCAGAUCAGUACAAUCCUAUGCAAAAUGCAGCAGACAUCGAAAAACCAGCGGCUAUUACCAACAAAUCUGGUUACUUGUUUGAGAGAAAGAAUGGUAGAGUCUACCAAAGUUGGUCAAGAAAGUACUAUAGCAUCUCCAACGGAGAACUCACAAGUAUCUCUCGCAAUCCAAAAACAAAAGAUGAGGAUGGCACCCAGACUUAUAAUCUACGCGUCUGUAGUGUGAAAUAUUCGGAUAGUUAUGAUAGACGCUUUUGCUUUGAAGUGAUAUCGCCCAAUAGAGUACUGGUAUUACAAGCAGAAAACGAAAAUGAUAUGAACGAGUGGAUACAAAGCAUACGCACAGCAAGUCAAUUAGCACUUAAUUCUGAUGAAAAGCCAAGAUAUUCUCAUCCUUCUCCAAAUUUAAGAAAGAUGGCAAUUGAAUCAGCUAGCGUCGCAAAGACGGUCGAACGACAGGGUGAUGAGUCAAACAAAGAAGCAGUGAAAAAGAUUCGACUGGUGCCUGGUAAUGAUAAGUGUGCGGAUUGCAAGGAAGAUUCUCCUGAGUGGGCCUGUACAAAUUUGGGCAUUAUCGUCUGCAUAGAGUGCUCUGGGAUCCAUCGAAGCUUAGGAGUCCAUGUCAGUAAGGUUCGAUCUGUUGUAUUGGACAAUUGGGAGUCGGAGACUAUUGAGGUCAUGCUCCAAUUGGGUAAUGAAGUAGGGAACAGCAUCUAUGAAGAAUCGGUGCCUGCACAUUUGGAAGAGUUCCGGAUUGAUCCAAGCUCACAUAGAAACGAUAGAGACUUGUGGAUCAUUGAAAAAUACGUCAAGCGAUCCUUUGUGAGCCCUGCAGAGGUUGACCAGGUUACGCUAGAUAAGAAUUUCUGGAACUCAAUAGCUGAAAACGACCUGCAACAUGCAUUAAGAUACCUUGCACAGGGUGCAAAUGUUGACUACAGGAAUACUGAGGAAGGAUUAAAAACAGCUCUACAUAAAGCAGUAGACAACAACAAUGAAGUUGCUGUAGAAUUUCUCUUACAAAGACCAAGUGAUGUUGACGAAAAGGAUGAAAGAGGAUGGACAGCGCUUCAUUAUGCAGCAGCCAAUAAUAACGUUCGUUUGGUGCUGACACUCUUGAAAAGACACGCCAAGGCUGAUAUUGCAGAUAAUUCGAAUAUGACGCCUCUGGAUAUAGCAGUAGAAAAACAAUUUGUGCAGGCGGUCACUGCUUUACGAUUAUUUGCAUUUGACAAGCAACAUAAUGCAUCGCCUUCGAGCUCUCUAGACUUUGGUUUUAGAGAAGCAAUGUCAGCAUUCAAACAUACUUGCAAUGAACGACCUAAUAUCACGUCUUCCCACUCUGCUGUUGACAUAAGCCAUACCAAGCCCAUGGUCAGUAAAUCGGAUGUUGUGCUUCUGGACGAUCAAAAUAGCGAGUUGCUUCAUCCUGAUAAAUAAGUCAAUAUAUACUUAAUACUGAUUAAUUAUACUGUACCUUUAUUAUUAUUCCUGCCUUAAUGCUGAUAGAUUCCCCCCCCCCUCUUUCUCUUCUUAUUUUGAAC